AUGAAAAUCUUUUGCUGGAACUGUCGUGGGGUUGGAAAUCCCGCAACAGUUCAUGAAUUGAAGCAACUCCUUGUUGCAAAUGCUCUUAAUAUUGUUUUCCUGUGUGAAACCAAAAUUCAUUCUAAUGGGUUUUCUCGUAUUCGAUCUAUAUGUAAGAUGGAAGGUUGCAUGGCGAUUAACUCUAAGGGAAAAAGUGGUGGUAUUGCUUUGAUGUGGAAAGAGGGUGUGAAGGUUGAUGUGCAGAAUUUCUCUAAUCACCAUAUCGAUUCCCUAGUCACUGUGGAUGAGAAUGAGGUGAUUCGGUUUACUGGGUUCUAUGGUCAAGCGGACCCAAAUUUAAGGAGUCAGUCUUGGGAUAUGUUAAGAAGGGUUAAAAGAACGGUCAAGGAAGGAAAGGGGCGUAGAAAGCCGAGAAAACCUAUGGAUGAGUUCAGCGAUAUACUGGAUGAGCUGGCUUUGAUUGAUAUUAAGACUAGCAACGGAUGUUUUACAUGGUCUAAUAACAGAGAGGGAGCUAACCUUGUUAAAGAGAGACUGGAUAGGUUUCUUAUUUCAAAGGAUAUGAUCAAAAAGUUGCCUUUUAUUACUACCAAAGUGAUGCACCAGUCAAAGUUGGACUAUGAGGCGAAUUUGUUGAACACGAUUGGCUGUAAGCCGGGGGAGAAAAGGUGCGACUACAGAUCUUGCUUCAGGUAUGAUGCUUGUUGGGCUAAGGAGAAGGAAGCGAGGGAUAUUAUUACCCAUAUUUGGGCUGACAAGAACAGUGAUAUUCUGAAUAAGAUGGAUAAUACCCGCGAGGAACUUGAGCAGUACUGGGUGCAAAGGGCUCGCACUCAAUGGCUCAAAGAAGGCGAUCGUAAUACCCGUUAUUUUCAUGUGCGGGCUACAGGCCGUAAAAAGAAUAAUAGCAUUGAUAGGCUUAAGGACAUGCAAGGUGCGUGGCAUGAAGACAAGAAUGAGAUUUGUCACAUUGUUUGGAACUAUUUCCACGAUCUUUUUCGUACCUCUAUCGCACCAGAUGAGGAUAUCGACUUGAGCUUUAUGCCGAAGUGUAUUACCGAUGAUAUGAAUAGCUUUCUUAAUAGUGAGUUCACUGAUGAUGAGUUUAUAAGGGUUUUCAAGCAAAUGGAUCCUCGGAAGGCCUCGGGGAUUGAUGGGUUGUCCGGGAGCUUUUUCAAAGAGCAUUGGUCAGUGGUGGGUGGUGAUGUUUUAAGGAUGUGUCGGGAUGUUUUAAAAGGAAAUAAAAAUUUGGAUUACAUCAAUGAAACCCUGCUAGUCAUGAUUCUUAAGAUUAAGAAUCCCUGUGAGAUGACACACUUUCGCCUGAUAAGCUUGUGUAGGGUUAUCUAUAAGAUCAUCUCCAAAGCUUUGGCUAACCGGCUCAAGGUUGUGCUUCCCCAAUGUAUUAGCCAAAAUCAAAGUGCUUUCAUCCCUGGCAGGAUGAUCCACGACAACGUUCUUGUGGCUCAUGAGCUUAUGCACUACCUUCGGAGCUCUACAAAUGGCCCUAACAAGGGUUGUAUGAUCAAGCUCGAUAUGAUCAAAGCAUAUGACCGGGUGGAAUGGAGCUUCCUUGAGAAAGUGAUGAUAAGAAUGGGUUUUUCUAGAGAGAAUCAACAUGGGAAAGCCGAAGCUUUUAAGAGAAUUUUGCACAACUUCACAAGGAUGUCGGGCCAAAGCAUUAAUCUGGACAAAUCAAUGGUGUACUUUAGCCCCAACACCCCUACAUCUCAAUGUAUGUUGUUGGGGGACUUACUCAAAAUGAAAGUGGUCGAUAAAUUGGAUGGUUACCUUGGUCUUCCUAUCCCUGCUGGUAAAAAAAGAUCGAGCACUUUUCUGAACACACUGGAUCGUCUGGCGAGUAGAAUAAAUAGUUGGUCAAAGCGUCUUUUGUCAAAUGGUGGUAAGGAAGUCUUCAUUAAGUCAGUGAUCCAAGCAAUACCUACUUAUGCAUUUUCGGUCUUUAUGGCUCCGAAGGGGCUCCUUGAGGAGAUCUAA